AUGCAAACAUGUAUGAGACAACACAGUGUGGAGCUGGAGGAACACAGCAGGCCAGGCAGCAUCAGAGGAGCAGGAAAGUUGAUGUUUCGGAUCAGGACCCUUCUUCAGAAUUUCUGAAUCUCCACACUGUUGUCUAUGACUCCAGCAUCUGCAGUUCUUGCUAUCCUACAGGAGAAUCAAAAAAAUUCUUCAAACGUAGUGAACUUGCCAAGAAGGAAGAAGAGGUGUAUUUGGAAAGAUGUGGCUACAAGGUGCAAACAAAAACAAAUGAUGAAGAUGCUGAUUCUUCAAACCCGGUGCUUGAACUCGAGCUUGCAGAAGAGAAGUUACCAAUGACCCUUUCCAGGCAAGAGGUUAUCCGAAGGCUACGUGAAAGAGGAGAACCUAUUCGAUUGUUUGCUGAAACAGACUAUGAGGCCUUUCAACGUCUUCGAAAAAUAGAAAUCUUAACUCCUGAAAUUAAUAAGGGUUUGAGAAAUGACUUGAAAGCUGCUAUGGAUAAGAUAGACCAGCAGUACUUAAAUGAAAUUGUCGCUGGUCAGGAACAUGGUGAAGAGGAAGGACAGAAUGACCUGAAAGUUCAUGAAGAAAAUACAACAAUUGAGGAGCUGGAGGCCUUGGGUGAGUCUUUGGGCCAGGGUGAUGACUGUAAAGACAUGGAUACCAUAACCAAAGUCCUAAGGUUUCUUCUUGAUGUUUGGGCAAAAGACCUGAAUGCCAGGGAGGAUUAUUUAAAGUGCAGUGUUCAGGGUAAACUUGCUGGAGCCACCCACAAGCAGACUGAAUCUUACUUGAAACCUCUCUUCAGGAAACUUCGGAAGAAGACCCUGUCCCAGGACAUCAAAGAAUCCAUAACCGAUAUCAUCAAAUUCAUGUUACAAAGGGAAUACGUUAAGGCAAAUGAUGCUUACCUUCAGAUGGCCAUUGGCAAUGCUCCAUGGCCUAUUGGAGUUACCAUGGUUGGUAUCCAUGCCCGUACAGGUCGUGAAAAAAUCUUUUCCAAACACGUGGCACAUGUAUUGAAUGAUGAAACACAGCGGAAAUACAUCCAGGGCUUGAAAAGGUUGAUGACCAUCUGCCAAAAGCAUUUUCCAACAGAUCCAUCAAAGUGUGUGGAGUACAAUGCUCUUUAACUAGCUAGCUUUUGAAUGGAACAUUUUCUAUAUUAUUACUGGAUUGAACGGUUAAGAGUCAGGCCUAUCGGGAGCUUCAAAGAAGAAUUUGUGGGGACUGUGCAAGUAUUUCGAACAUCAAUGAAAUGUUCUUCAGAAAAGCACAAGCAUUAAAGCUGCAUGACCCCACAGUUGUGUUUGCUUAGUAUUAAGUAACUUAUAAGCAUCUGCAUCCAAUUGUUUUUAAUUACCCUUCUGGUAAUUCAAACCCAUUUUUUGAUAAUUAAGUCUUGUGAAUAGAAAUAUGCUCAGUCUUUGGGAAAAUACUUUGAAUUCAAGAUUGUAUUCACACAAUACUUUUAAAUAAAAUGUAGGCUUAUUGAAUAUUUUCUGUCAUUGCUUUGGUGGUUUUGUCUGAAUCAUCUGUAAAUUAUUGUAACCUGAGUUCUGAACUCAAUGUAAUUUCAGCCAUUCUUACUGGCCAUUAAUUCAUGAGAAUUACAUUGUAUGUUUUGCCCAGGUACUUGUCAUUUUCGUGAGAUCAACAAAUAAUUGCAUUUUCUUUAGCAGUUGAAGACACUAUUGACCUACAUUUGUUGUGCAUCACUAAUUGUGAACUGCUCCAUGUUACAUCCAAAUGCAUUUGAGGCAGACUGCCCAUCCUAAAUGUGAAUUGGUAUUUUGGACAUUCUUCAAGCUGCUGUUAUACCAAAUCAUCUUGCUGUGUGUUAUCAUGUCAUGCUUUUGUUCCUUCCAUCACUUUAGGCUGCAGAGUUUAAAUUGUUUUCGUUUUGUAAAAAUACUGUGUAAAUGCUUCUGUGUUCAUGCUGUCUCAUCUUGGUUGUAACUUAACAACUGAAACCUGAUGCUGUAAAUAAGGACUUUCUCUUGGAUAUCUAUUUUUGAUAUCUCAUGAGUACUGUAUAUACCUGAAAUGGUUAAGCUUGCAAUAAAUGCUCCUUUUAAAUUUU